AGGCCGGGCUGAACUUGCCCAAGUGCCCGUUGGUGCGGCCGAGAUGGAGCCUCGUCGUCGCCGAGGGCAGGAGGCAAAAGCCCCUGCACAGCAGGCUGUCCGUGGUACGCGAUAUGAAGAUCAGUUCUUCAAAACAAAGAUGUGCAUGUUCUGGGAGAAGGGGGCCUGCACGCGCGGCUUCGAUUGCAAAUAUGCGCAUGGUGACAAGGAGCUCAACGAGAUGCCAAAUCUCACCAAGACGUCAUUGUGCAGAGAUUUGCUGACCACUGGUUCGUGUACAAGGCCUGGCUGCCUUUUUGCUCACAACGUGGAGGAGCUCCGUGCCACCAAUGAAUUCUACAAGACAUCAAUGUGCAGUUUUUUCCGAGUGGGUCAGUGCAAACUUGGAUCUGCAUGCCGCCAUGCUCAUGACCCUGCAGAGCUGGCGGACCUCCCCAAGGGGAAGGAGUUCGCCCUGGAUGAUGCGGAGGUGAGCCAAAUUGGUUUGCCUGGCCGCUCUGGUCGUCGUGGUGGCAGAAAGGCUCGAGAGAAGCACAGCAAGACCAUCCUGACAGAGGACGAUGAUGAGUUGCCAGAGUCCUUUUUCGACAGGAUGACAACUUCUCCCGCAACUUUCGGAUGGGUAGCCUCACCGCAAUCUCCGGAAAGUCACGGCACAUCGAAUGCUGAGUCGAUCUCAACAUCCACCUGCACAGGCGGUGCAGCAUCUCAGGUCUCUGAUGAGGACGACAACCUGGACGAUGUCCCGGAUAUGUGGGCUCGCAUGAAGACUACCCCCGCGCCCAGCGCGACAAUGGUCGCGAUGAAUCGUGGUGCUAUGAUGAUGGGCAAAUCGAUGAUCCAGAGCGAGAUCCAGGCAAUGCCUGUGACGGCUGCUGGGCAACUGCAGCUACCGCAGAUGCAGUUGUGUCAACAGAGUCCUGUGAUGAUGCAGCAGGUGAAUGGCACUCAGCUGCAAGGAAUUAAUGGUACUCAGCUGCAAGGAAUCAAUGGCGCUCAGAUGCAAGGAGCACCCGUGCAAAACGGUGACGGAGCACCUAUGAUGAUGGUGCCGAUGCAGAUGCCAAUGGUCUUCGUGCAAGUGCCGAUGCAGCCCCAGCAACAAGUUGCCCAACAAGUUGUACCCAUGAUGCAAAAAGGACCCUACAUGGACACUUCGAACUUUGUCCGGCAGAUGUCCAACGAGAUGGAGGCAAAAAUUCUGGAGAGCGCUAUGCCGGAAGUCUACGAGGAUUGAGAAGCAUGGCUCUGUAAUGCACACAUAACAGCCAAGACGAGAAGUGGGAAAGAACAUGAAAGAACCUACUGUGUGAGAGGUGCGCCCCACGUUUCUUGGAGGCUGAACAACCAUUAAGCUGGUUGGAAUUUCUUGAGCCUGCAGAUGCAUAGACUUGGUAUGACUUGUUCAGAUGGGUCUCAUCCACACCUCGAAAUUCC